AGCGCGCGCGCGCACUACAUCACUCGAGCUCACAGAGAACAGCUUCAGGACGCACGGAGGUACCAUACACGGGUUCAAACCGGCGGCUUGCAGAAGGGGCAGGUGGACUACAGCGUAGACUACCACCUCCGCUUGGCGGUCAGAUAGCACCUCGGUGGAGAUUUGUUGACUUCUCAGAGCUCGUCCGUAACCUCGGUGUAAUUUGUCAUAAAUACAUGCCGUUCAAGUGCUCGUAGUAAACAGUUCCUCGAGAUGGAAAACGCCCACACUAAAUCUGCAUCAGAAGUUUUAGCAAACUUCGGUGUGAACGAAAACACUGGACUCACGCUGGAACAAGUGAAAAUUAAUUCAGAAAAAUAUGGACCAAACGAGCUCCCAGCCGAAGAAGGUAAGUCGUUGUGGGAGUUGGUGGUGGAGCAGUUUGAGGACCUCCUGGUGAGGAUUCUGCUGCUGGCAGCCUGUGUGUCUUUUGUGUUGGCACUGUUUGAGGAGGGGGAGGAGUCAACCACAGCCUUUGUGGAGCCCAUUGUCAUCCUGCUCAUUCUGGUGGCCAAUGCUGUCAUUGGAGUAUGGCAGGAGCGAAAUGCAGAGAAUGCCAUUGAGGCUCUGAAAGAAUAUGAGCCAGAGAUGGGCAAAGUGUACCGCAUGAACCGCACAGCCGUCCAGAGGAUCAAAGCUCGGGACAUUGUACCUGGAGAUAUUGUGGAGGUUUCUGUUGGGGACAAGGUGCCAGCAGAUAUCAGGAUCACCUCAAUCAAAUCCACCACCUUAAGAGUGGACCAGUCCAUCCUCACAGGUGAGUCUGUGUCUGUUAUCAAACACACUGACCCUGUGCCAGACCCUCGAGCUGUCAAUCAAGAUAAGAAGAACAUGCUGUUUUCUGGCACAAACAUUGCUGCGGGUCGGGCCAUCGGGGUAGUUGUCUCCACUGCUGUUUCCACUGAAAUCGGUAAGAUCCGUAAUCAGAUGGCGGCCACCGAACAAGAGAAGACUCCGCUGCAGCAGAAGCUGGAUGAGUUUGGUCAACAGCUCUCGAAGGUUAUCUCCCUCAUCUGCAUCGCCGUGUGGGUCAUUAACAUCAGCCAUUUUGCUGACCCGGUCCACGGUGGCUCCUGGAUCAGAGGUGCCAUCUACUACUUCAAGAUAGCCGUGGCCUUGGCUGUGGCGGCUAUACCAGAAGGUCUGCCGGCUGUUAUUACCACCUGCCUGGCUCUGGGCACCCGUCGCAUGGCCAAGAAAAAUGCCAUUGUCCGUUCACUGCCCUCGGUUGAGACCCUGGGAUGCACCUCCGUUAUCUGCUCAGACAAGACAGGAACCUUGACGACCAACCAGAUGUCUGUCUGCAGGAUGUUUGUGGUUAAUAAGGCUGAUGACACCAGCUGCUCCCUGCAUGAGUUCACCAUCACUGGCUCAACCUAUGCUCCAGAGGGACAAGUGCUAAAAGCUGAUAGGCCAGUGCAGUGUGGAGACUACGAUGGUCUAGUGGAGCUGGCUACUAUCUGCUCCCUGUGCAACGAUUCCUCGCUGGACUAUAAUGAGGCCAAAGGAGUGUAUGAAAAAGUGGGUGAGGCCACAGAAACUGCGCUCACAACACUGGUGGAGAAGAUGAAUGUGUUUCAUACCGACCUCUCUGGACACAGCAAAGUGGACAGAGCUGCAGCGUGUAACUUGAUUAUCAAGCAGCUCAUGCAGAAAAAGUUCACACUGGAGUUUUCAAGAGACAGGAAGUCCAUGUCCGUGUACUGCACUCCCAAUGGUUCGAACUCUCAGAGCAAGAUGUUUGUCAAGGGUGCUCCAGAGGGUGUGAUUGACCGCUGUCAGUUUGUGCGUAUUGGCAAAGAUCGGAUUCCAUUGACCAUGGAGGUGAAGGAUAAGCUGAUGAGCACUAUCAGAGAUUGGGGGACAGGCAGGGACACACUGCGCUGCUUGGCUCUGGCCACACGAGACUCUCCCCCUCCUGAUGACAAAAUGGACCUGGAAAACGCUGCCAAGUUCUCCGAAUACGAGUCAAAUCUCACCUUUGUUGGCUGUGUGGGCAUGCUGGACCCGCCCAGGAAGGAGGUGAUUGGCUCAAUUAAGCUGUGCAGGAAAGCAGGUAUACGUGUCAUCAUGAUCACUGGAGACAACAAGGGCACCGCCGUGGCCAUCUGCAGGCGCAUCGGCAUUUUCAGCGAGGACGAAGACGUGGAAGGGAAGGCCUACACAGGCAGAGAGUUUGAUGACUUAGCUCCAGAGGCCCAGCGAGAAGCUGUGAAAAGGGCACGCUGCUUCGCUCGUGUCGAGCCUGCACACAAGUCAAAGAUCGUGGCUUAUCUACAGUCCUUCGACGAGAUUACAGCUAUGACUGGAGAUGGCGUGAAUGACGCCCCUGCCUUAAAAAAGGCAGAAAUUGGCAUAGCCAUGGGCUCGGGCACAGCUGUAGCCAAGUCAGCCUCAGAGAUGGUGCUUUCCGACGAUAAUUUCUCCACCAUCGUGGCUGCAGUGGAGGAGGGCCGAGCCAUCUACAACAACAUGAAGCAGUUUAUCCGUUACCUCAUCUCCUCCAAUGUGGGAGAGGUGGUCUGUAUUUUCCUGACAGCCAUCCUCGGUCUGCCUGAGGCUCUGAUCCCUGUCCAACUGCUGUGGGUGAAUCUGGUGACAGAUGGUCUACCUGCCACUGCCCUGGGCUUCAACCCCCCCGACCUGGACAUCAUGGACAAGCCUCCCCGAAACCCUAAAGAGCCUCUUAUCUCCGGCUGGCUCUUCUUCAGAUACAUGGCCAUUGGAGGAUAUGUGGGUCUAGGAACUGUCAGUGCUGCCACCUGGUGGUAUUUGUUUGAUGAGGAGGGGCCACAGGUGUCUUUUUAUCAGCUGCGCCACUUCAUGCAAUGUACAGAUGAGAACCCCAUGUUCAAGGACAUUAACUGUGAGGUCUUUGAGUCACGCUACCCCACCACCAUGGCUCUCUCUGUGCUUGUUACCAUAGAGAUGUUCAACUCUCUUAACAGCCUGUCAGAGAAUCAGUCUCUGUUGAGGAUGCCACCCUGGGUGAAUAUAUGGCUACUGGGGGCCAUAAUCCUCUCACUGUCUCUACACUUCCUCAUCCUGUAUGUGGAGCCUCUACCACUCAUCUUCCAAGUAACUCCACUACGCUGGUCCCAAUGGAUCGUAGUCCUCAAGAUCUCAAUUCCUGUCAUCCUAUUGGAUGAGGCACUCAAGUAUAUCUCCCGCCACCAUUUAGAAGCAGUUUAACUUUCUCCUCUCAUUUUUGAAAAGGUGAAGAGGAGGAACGGUACAGGAAGAGUCGGCAGCUGAAAUUCUAAGACAACUUCCUCCAGACACACAUGAACACACACAAAUCCCCCACCUGUUCCAUUGAGCAUUUAAGACUGCUCUUCACACACACAUCCUCACACACCAUGUCAUCACUUUUCCAGUGUCAAGCCACUACUAAAAACAAGCAGGGCUUGUAGUUUGUUACAGUUUGUGUGUGUGUUUAUAUGAGAGCAAGAGAGAGAUUGUGUGUGUAUGUGUGUUGGCAUGUGCAUGGGCCUAAUUCAUGUCAAGCAGAGUUGUGACAAACUGCAAAAGUUGUUUAGAGAUUUCUUUUUUUAUUUUAUUUUGCUCUGGGGUUUUUUUUAGCUCUCACACACUUGCUGUACAUAGUAGGGCAGUAAUUAGAGCAUUUUAAGGGAAUAGAAAAGGGUUAAACAUUAGAAGUUUGGGUUGAGUUUAUGAAGGGCUUCAAGACAGUUAAUCAUAAUUUGGCCACAGAUAUAGAAAGAUGAGGAUAAAGAUAGCAUUUGCUCUGUGUGCAUCUUCUAAUGUGUGUGUAGAUGUUUGUGUUUGGACUGAAUGGCCAGUUUCUUUGAGUGGUCGGCUCUAGUUUCUCUUUCUCUUCUUUCUUCCUCUCUUUUCUUCCAUUCUCUCUUCAUUCACUCUCGGCGAGUUACGUAUGUGUUUACUGUGUCUCUCUAUCUCCUCUACAAAGUGGGUUGCCACCACCAUUGCUGAGAGUUCCUCCUCUCAGCCAUAAGGUUCAUUUAGAUAACUGUUUACACAAGGCUUCUAUAUUGCACUUGAAUAAAAACCUACAUUUAUUAGAUCAAGGCUAAAAUAGGUGUGACAUAGUCAGCAUGCUAUUGUAAAAUAUUCUAAAUCAGAUCUGAUAAGCUGAGAAUUUUGAUCCAUACUCAAUACCUUCAUUAGCCAACAUUAAAAUGCUCUUGACAAUCCUAUGGAAUGAAUUUUAGCUUUAAACUUUUGUAUUUAGAAUUGAUAUGAGGCUAUUAAAGCAUAUUUAUGUAAUAUGGUCCUAAAUUAUAAAGAGAGCAGGCAAAUUGUUCUAUCCCAGAGUUCUCCUCCUCUUCACCUCUUCUAUUUCUUUUCAAAUGAACUCCGGUUUAACACUAGAAACUAUGUGCUGCAAGUACAUUAACUCAAACAUGGUGCAACCUGCCACAGAAGUAUUAAUAUCAAUGGAUAACAGUGGCAGGUUGUUGAACAUAAUGGGAGAGAGAGAGAAAGAGGACUCUGAGGGGUAGUUGAGAGGUAGAAAGAAGGGAUUUGUUCAUUAAUGUGAAGAGUAAUCCAGGUCUGCAGCAUUGCUUGUUGGGACAGCUUUGAUGUUUUACAUUAUCUGACUCACUUCUACACAAAGACACACAAACACAUGCACCCUCAUUACGAAGUAAAGAGAUCUCACUUGAAUGUACUUUUACUUACUUUUCUUGCCCCUGUCUGGUUGUAUCCCUGUAUGUUUAACCAUAAAGCUCGGCUCUGCAGUCCUAAACUGUACCUAUUAUGCUUUUUUUUUAUCUUUGCUCAAUACUGUCCAAUGCCAAAUGGCUUUUAUCUUCUUAGUUUUAUUUAUUUUUUUUUUUUUUCAUUUCAAAUUUCCAGUUAGUUGAGUUGAUAUCAUUAUCAUAAACGUCCUCUACUUAACACAGUGGAACAUUCAUUGAGAGUGUCACUUCAUACUUGCCUGAAAUUUACAUGCAUUUCCACUAAGGGAGGACUUGUCACCGCUAGUGCUUUUCUUGCAAUCUUGAUGAACUUGGGUACUUUUUUAAUAUAAAGUAAUAAUAUUGUAUUCAACUGAAAGAACCCAGGUUGUUUUGCUGUUAGGGUAUGAUAUGCCUUCAUGAUCUGUUGGUAAAUGCUGGUGUGCAAUUUUCAGAAAAAUUGGCAAACCAACUAUGCCUGUGCCUGGUGUCAUUAUGCUUGCCAUGGUAAAAACUACUGUGUGGAGAGUCUGUGUCCGCUUAUUAGCUGUGAUUCUUUUUAAAGCUAUUCAUUGUAAAAUUGUGACAAUGGUGUGAUUGUCCUGUCUGUCACAAAUAGACCAUUUUGAAAGCCCAUUCUAGCCCAUUCCAUUUUAGUGUAACAAAUGUGUAAAUGCUAAUCAAAUCAGGCACUCAGUUAAAGUCAAGUUCUGUGUCCCAUGUGCUCUUGCAUCGUCAGCUAUUGCAAUGGCAAUUAAACAUCAGCACUGUGUUCUCUAAUGUAUUGGCAUAUAACUUAAGGGUCAGCGUAUUGACACAAGGCAGUAAGGCCCUUCUUUUAUCAUGUCUACAGCACACACUAGCAUCUGCACCAAUAGAAAGUGUGGGCUUGUACAGCCUUGCUAAUUACUACUGAUCUCUUGAACUCUGUACAGAAAAAAAAGAAAAAACCUGAUUGCAUGGAACCUUGUUACUGUAAUUAAUAACCUAUACAGUAUAUUUAAUUUUUUUAAUAAUGACUUAAAUUAAACAUCUUCACCAACAGAAAGAGAA